AGUCUGUCCGCCCUCAUCGAACACCGAUAUACCUGCGAUACGAACCUAACAUGUCGCUCCGAUCGGUUCAGCUCGUGACACCCCGGCUGUUCACCCGGACCCGAAUCGCAGCGUUCAGCACCUGCACCAGACGCUUCGAAUCGCAUUCCACAUCCGACCCGCUUCGAUUCUCAGUCGGUGUAGGAUACUCUGGCAAAGACACCCCUCCGUUCGUCUCUCGCGAGAGAGCCAACGAGGCUGCGAAAAAGGGGUUUCAACCGGAUUCCAAGAUUGGGAGAUGGAAACGCGAGAUGAUGGCCCUCGGUGGGGGUCGGGUGGAACUGUUCGAUACGAUGCAGGAGAGUAAAGAGGACGACUGGACCAGGGAGAACAGCGGGCUGGCGGAUCGGAGACGAUGGGGCAGCGGGGAGGAUUCGUUCUUCGUCAACGAGUCGGGCAACUUUAAAACGUAUCUAGCCGUCCAAGAUGGCGUCGGAGGAUGGUCAGAUGCGGGAGUCGACCCCUCCCUCUUUUCCGAAUCCCUCACUUACCACAUGUACACCUCGACCCUCAAGAACCCGAGCGCGAAACCCGUCGACGUCCUCAUCAAGGGCUACGCGGGCGUGUUAGCUGACGAGGGGGUCAAGUGUGGGAGUUCGACGAGUUGCGUCGUCUCCUUGGACAAGGGGAGAGGGCUUUUGGAAGCUGCCAAUCUAGGAGAUAGCGGAUUUACCAUCAUUCGCAAUGGUGCCGUGCAUUUCGCCUCGACAUCACAGACCGUGUAUUUCAACUGUCCCUGGCAACUGGCCAAGUUGGUGAACAAGACACCCGACGCCGCAUCAAAUCGUCCUGAACAAGCCGACCUGUAUCAUCAGGCCUUGAAACCGGGAGACAUGAUCGUCCUCUACACGGACGGCUUCUCCGACAACGUCCACCCUCACCAACUCGUCGGUCUUCUGAAACACGUCGACAACACGCUGGCCUCGCCAGAAAACGCCUUCUUGGACCCGCUCGAACGAGAAGUCGAGCGUGCGAGGCUGUUGGCGGACGUUCUCGUCGCUUACGGGAGGAUGGUCAUGGGACGGGAAGACGUACAGACGCCAUUCGAGUUGGAAGCGGCACAGAACAGGUUGAAGUGGCCAGGAGGCAAGUUGGACGAUAUUACGGUGCUCACCGUACACGUCGGACAAGAUUAGUAGGGUAGCGCAGGUCGCAAAAAAAAAGGAUCAGGAUCGCGCUCGACAGGUGUUGUAUCGUCGCAUCGCAUGCAUGCAUGGGCAACCUAAUCUCAUGUACCACCGUUUCAGCCAUUGUCGACGUCCACACGCAACAUCGUUUCGAAUGGCUGGCACGCCGAUGAAAGAGACAUGGUCGGCAGUCGUCAAGAGCUCAAGAGCCGGU